AUGUGGAAUCAGAAUUUGCAAGAUGGAUAUGUUCCAAGUUCAUGCAGAGGGCGCUACCCGUUCCUGGUAUAUAUUCCUUCAAAACCAGGGAAAUGUGGAAUUACAAUUUGGGCAAUAGGCGACUGUGAAAUAUCUUAUGCCUGGAAAAUUCAAGUCUCCACUGGAAAAAACCCAGUAAAAUGGAGAGAGACAUAUCAAGGUUCAAGAGUUGUUGAAGAACUAGUAAAAGAACUUGAAAAUACAGGUCGCAAUAGAACUUGUGAUAACGUUUUUACAAAUCUAGGAUUCGCUCAAAAGCUGCUUAGCAAGAAAACUACUUUAGUUGGAACUAUUAGAAAGAACAGAGUUGAACUUCCAAGUGAUUUCACUAAUGGAAAAAAAGAGAAAUGA